GGAACCACGUGGGCCUUUGCAUGGACGUAACAUUCUGAUGCGAAGUAGGGCUUGUCACAGGCUUCGAAGUGUCCCGUCAAAGAAGAUCCCACUUGCAGGUUAAGAGUACAGGUGUGCCCCUAAGAAAACAAGUUGUCUUUCUGUCAAAGACAGUUAGCUGUUCCCCGCUGCAGUACCCUACAGCAGCAGUAUGAAUAAGGAAGAGAAAAUAAAUUUCCUGAAAUCUGCCUCGGAGGAGGAAAGAAAAGCGUAUUUCAGGAAAAUGGAUGAAGAUUUAGAAGCCUUCAUCAUGAAGAAAUCCAAAGCAGCAGCGAAAAAAAGAGAAAAUGAGCCAGAAGAAAAGAACCUUGAUGAAGUUUUUGAGGAACUACAGAGACAUCCAGCCUUUGUGAAGGAGCUUGACUUCAGUAAACCUCUCCAUCCAUUGGUUGAGGGACUGAUUGACCUUAAGUACAACUCUGAAGAUGCUAAAGAAAAAGCCACAAAUUACAAAGAGGAAGGCAAUCGAUUAUUUAAAGAGAAGAAAUACCGUUUGGCGAUUGACAACUACACUGAAGGAAUUCAGGCCCAGAGUGAGGAUAAACUGCUUAAUGCUAUACUGUAUACAAACAGGGCCUUGACACAUUAUCAUCUAGGUAACCUGAGGACAGCCAUAAAUAACUGUAUCAUUGCCAGGAAGUUUGUCCCAGAGCACAAAAAAGCUAUCUACAGAGGUUGCGUGUGCUCUCUAGACCUGAAGAAAUAUGAAGAAUGCCUGAAAUGGUGUGAUCUGGGACUGGCAUUAGAACCAGGCAACAAGAGUAUCUCUGAUAUGAGGGUCCUGGCAGAGAAGUUACUGAAAGUUCAGGAGAGAGACAGGAGGAAAGAGUUAGCAAAAGAGAGGAGAGAGUUAAACGCAGAGAAGGAGCUCAUCAGUGUCAUACAGAGUCGAGGAGUGAAGCUUGGCUGGGUGCCAGAAGUGAGUGACUCCUCACGUCUUGACCCUCUGUCCCUGACCAGCCUGGAGUCUCACCACCCCAGCGGGGCCAAGGUCCACCUGGAUGACCAGGGCGUACUUAACUGGCCAGUCCUCUUCAUGUACCCAGAACACACCAUCACAGAUUUCAUCGAGGCCUUCAGAGAGACAGAUCGUUUUGUAGAUCAUCUUAACGUGAUGUUUGGGCCAGAUGUUGAGCCAGCGCCAUGGGACGCAGACAAGAAGUACACACCAGAGAGCAUAGAGAUUUACUUUGAAGACAAAGAAUUUGAAAAAUUGUACCAGGUGGAUAAAUACUCCAGUCUUCAGGAAGCUUUGAGGCAUGACAGGUACCGAGUUCAUGCAGGCACACCAGCUUUCAUACUUAUUGUUUCCGGGUCUAAAUUCCGAGAAGUGUUUCUCUCCAGGAGUAAUACAGGACAGUAAAUGUAUAAACUUGUAACAAAUGACAGUGUAUAGUAUGUAUAGUAAAUCCGUGGUCUUA